AUGCAGCGGUGCCCGCGCGCGGCGCCGCCGGCAUGCGCCGCUCCGGUGCGACGGUGCCGAAGCGGCGCUGCGCCCCGCGUGGCGUCAGCGCGCCGCCGCACGGUCCCAGCCGCCUCCGCUGCAGACGCGGUGCUUGCGAUGCCCACGGAGGCCCUCGCGCGGACCGCUCAGGCCUUUUCGGGGGCCGCGGACGCCAAGGCGCGCCUCAAGAUGCUCGUGGAGCUCGCCCAGGGCGCCGAACACCUCCCUGAGUCAGCCAGGACGGACGAGAACCGCGUCCUAGGCUGCACGGCCCAGGUGUGGGUCACGGCCGAGCUCGACGACGCCGGCCGCGUGCAGUUCCGCGGCGACAGCGACUCGGAGCUGCAGCGCGGCAUCGCCACGGUCGUCUGCCAAGGCCUCUCAGGCCUGACCCCCGAGGAGGCGGCCGCGGUGGACCCUUCCUUCGUUGGCGCGCUGGGACUCGGCGAAUCAGUUCUGACCAAGUCGCGGACCAACGGGACCCUCAACAUGGUCGAAUCGCUGCGGAAACGCGCCCUGGCGCUCUCCCGCGGCGCGCCGCCGCCGACGUUCCCGUCGCUCCUCGUGACGGCCACCUCCCUGGAGCCGCAGGGGUCUUUCGCGGAGAGUCAGGCGCAGUUCCUGGACCCCAACAGCGCGCAGGUGGACCGCCUGGCGUCGCUGCUCGCGGAGAAGAAGAUCGGCGUGGUCGCGCACUUCUACAUGGACCCGCAGGUGCAGGGCGUGCUCACGUCCGCGCGCGACCAGUGGCCGCACAUCCACAUCUCGGACUCGCUCGUCAUGGCCGACACCGCGGUGGCGAUGGCCGAAGCCGGCUGCGAGUCGGUCGUGGUGCUCGGCGUGGACUUCAUGAGCGAGAACGUCCAGGCGAUCCUCGAGGACGCCGGGUACGCCGACGUCCCGGUGUACCGCAUGGCGUCGGAGGACAUUGGGUGCUCGCUGGCGGAGGCCGCCGAGGCGCCGGCGUACGGCCGGUACCUCCAGGGCGCCGCGGAAGUCGACGGGCCGUCCGUGCACGUCGUGUACAUCAACACGUCGCUCAAGACGAAGGCGCUCGCGGACGCCCAGGUCCCGACGAUCACCUGCACGAGCAGCAACGUCGUGCAAACGGUCCUGCAGGCCUUCGCGCAGGUCCCGGGCGCGCACGUGUGGUACGGCCCGGACACGUACAUGGGCCGGAACGUGCGCCAGCUGUUCGAGUCGCUCGCGGAGAUGCCGGACGAGGCCGUGCAGGAGCUGCACCCCGCGCACACGGCGGCGUCGGUGCGCGCGCUGCUGCCGAGGUUCCACCACUUCGACGAGGGCACGUGCGUGGUGCACCACAUGUUCGGCGGGGACGUGUGCCGGACGGUGCGCGAGGGCUACGGCGACGCGUACCUCACGGCGCACUUCGAGGUGCCUGGCGAGAUGUUCACCCUCGCCAUGGAGGCGAGGACGCGCGGGAUGGGCGUGGUGGGGUCCACGUCGAACAUCCUGGCCUUCAUCGCGGACAAGGUGGACGAGGCGAUCGCGCGGGGGUUCCCCGAGCGGCUGCGGGUGGUGCUCGGCACGGAGACGGGGAUGCUGACGUCGAUUGUGCGCAAGGUGCAGGCGGCGCUCCGGAAGGAGGGGAACCCGGGCGUGGAGGUGGAGAUCGUGUUCCCGGUGUCGCAGGACGCGCUGACGACGGAGCAGACGGGCGGGGGCGCGCUCCCGGGGGGGUUGACGAUGGUGCCGGGGCCUGCGUCAGGGGAGGGGUGUUCGUCCGAGGGCGGGUGCGCGAGCUGCCCGUACAUGAAGAUGAACGACCUCGCGGCGCUCAUGUCGGUGUGCGAGCGCAUCGGGACGCCCGGGGAGGCGCUCCUGGAGGCCCACAAGCCGCGACCCUACCUCGAGAAGGUGGGCGGCAAGACGAUGGCGCAGGCGGGGUGCGUGCCGAUCCUGCACAUGCGGCACUUCAGCCGGAACAAGACGCUGUCGGAUGAGCUGGUCGCGGACAUGCAGGCCCGGGCAGGGCCGCGGUAG